CUGGAGAUAACGCGGGGAUGGCUCAUAGACGAUCUCGUCGAGGGAGUAGGAGUCGAUGGAGAAUGGGUCGGCACUGAAAGGCGUCACUUGGCGGAGAAGCCGUGGGGCGAGGCGUGGCAGCGGGCCUCGUCGCGGAUGUUCUCACCCGCGGGGCGGCGGUGCCUGAGCGAGGCAGACGCCGAUGCGGCGGCAGAAAGGGGAUCGGAGGAUGUGGUGGACUUGUGUAAAGGGGAUCGGAGGAACAGCUCAGUGAAAGAAAUCCUCAAGCCUGAUUUCCAAACAUCCCCUAAUUCUCCGAUGCGGAUUGUUACAGGGACCAUACUCGGCGGGAUGCUAGGGUUCUAUCUGAUGCACCGAGCUGAGCUCAAAUACAAGGAGAUGUGGAAUGAGAGAUUGAGGAAGUACGAGGAAGAAAUGAACAAGAGGAAGAUGCAAGAGGCUGAGUCCAAUGAGUUUCAAGAGUCGCUGUAA